GGGCGCGCCGCCAUUUUGGAUUGUGUGGGUUUCCGGGACGUUGGCGUGGUCGAGCUCCGGGCGGUUCUGCAGAUACCAGGCUUGGGCCCUCGACAGAGCGUCAGGUUGGAGCCGGGAAGCGUCCCUGCAGGGAGCGGCGGCGGGGGCAGGAUGAGCGCGGAGGCGGCGGACCGGGAGGCGGCCACCUCCAGCCGGCCCUGCACCCCGCCGCAGACCUGCUGGUUCGAGUUCCUGCUGGAGGAGUCGCUGUUGGAGAAACAUCUGCGCAAGCCCUGCCCGGAUCCUGCACCAGUUCAACUUAUUGUUCAGUUUUUGGAACAAGCUUCCAAACCUUCAGUUAAUGAACAAAACCAAGUUCAGCCUCCACCUGAUAACAAAAGAAACCGUAUUUUAAAACUACUUGCUCUUAAAGUUGCUGCACAUCUGAAGUGGGACUUAGACAUAUUAGAGAAAAGUUUGUCCAUCCCAGUAUUGAAUAUGCUACUAAAUGAACUGCUGUGCAUCAGUAAAGUUCCUCCUGGGACAAAGCAUGUGGACAUGGAUCUGGCCACUUUACCUCCAACCACUGCCAUGGCUAUACUUCUCUACAAUAGAUGGGCAGUUCGGACAAUUGUUCAAAGUAGUUUUCCUAUCAAACAGGCAAAACCUGGACCUCCUCAGUUAAGUGUUAUGAAUCAGAUGCAACAGGAGAAAGAACUAACAGAAAAUAUAUUGAAAUUGCUAAAAGAACAAGCUUCUGAUUCUAUUUUGGUACUGGAGGCAGCUCUUAAAUUAAACAAGGAUCUUUAUGUCCACACAAUGAGAACGCUAGAUUUAUUGGCCAUGGAGCCAGGCAUGGUAAAUGGAGAAACUGAGAGUUCUACUGCUGGAUUGAAAAUCAAAACUGAGGAGAUGCAGUGCCAGGUGUGUUAUGAUUUGGGUGCAGCAUACUUCCAGCAAGGCUCUACAGAUUCAACUGUAUAUGAAAAUGCAAGGGAAAAGUUUUUUAGAACUAAGGAACUAAUUGCAGAGAUAGGUUCAUUAUCUCUUCAUUGUACCAUAGAUGAGAAGCGGUUAGCUGGCUAUUGUCAAGCAUGUGAUGUUCUUGUACCGUCUUCUGACAGUACAGCUCAACAAUUGACUCCAUAUAGUCAAGUCCAUAUUUGUUUGAGAUCUGGCAACUGUCAGGAGGUAAUAAAGAUUUUCAUUGAAGAUAACUUAACCUUCAGUUUGCCUGUCCAGUUCCGGCAGUCAGUACUGAGAGAACUCUUUCAGAAAGCUCAGCAAGGAAAUGAAGCUCUAGAUGAAAUCUGUUUUAAAGUCUGUGCCUGUAAUACAGUCCGUGAUAUAUUGGAAGGUAGAACAAUUAGUGUUCAAUUUAACCAGCUAUUUCUUAGACCUAAUAAAGAGAAAAUAGACUUUCUUCUUGAGGUAUGUUCAAGAUCAAUAAAUUUAGAAAAAGCUUCAGAUUCUUUGAAAGGAAACAUGGCUGCUUUUCUAAAGAAUGUGUGUCUGGGGUUGGAAGAUCUGCAGUAUGUUUUCAUGAUUUCUUCACAUGAGCUUUUCAUUACAUUGUUGAAAGAUGAAGAACGAAAGCUACUUGUUGAUCAGAUGAGGAAGAGAUCCCCUAGAGUAAAUCUGUGCAUUAAACCUGUAACUUCAUUUUAUGAUAUCCCAGCCUCAGCAAGUGUCAACAUUGGCCAGUUGGAACAUCAGCUGAUAUUGUCAGUGGAUCCCUGGAGGAUUCGACAGAUUUUAAUUGAAUUACAUGGUAUGACUUCAGAGCGCCAAUUCUGGACAGUAUCUAAUAAGUGGGAAGUACCUUCUGUCUAUAGCAGUGUUAUCCUGGGAAUUAAAGACAAUUUAACAAGAGAUUUGGUUUACAUUCUCAUGGCCAAAGGUUUACACUGCAGUACUGUUAAGGACUUUUCCCAUGCUAAACAGCUAUUCGCUGCUUGUUUGGAGUUGGUAACAGAGUUCUCACCAAAACUUCGUCAGGUCAUGCUGAAUGAGAUGCUACUUUUGGAUAUUCAUACACAUGAGGCUGGAACAGGACAGUCGGGAGAGAGACCUCCUUCGGAUCUUAUUAGUAGGGUACGGGGCUAUCUGGAAAUGAGGCUGCCCGAUAUUCCUCUUCGUCAGGUUAUUGCUGAGGAGUGUGUUGCUUUUAUGUUAAAUUGGAGGGAAAAUGAAUACCUUACACUGCAGGUUCCUGCAUUUCUGCUUCAGAGUAAUCCAUAUGUAAAGCUUGGACAGCUUUUAGCAGCUACAUGCAAAGAACUUCCAGGCCCUAAAGAAAGUAGACGGACUGCUAAAGACCUUUGGGAAGUUGUUGUUCAGAUCUGUAGUGUGUCCAGUCAACACAAACGAGGAAAUGAUGGCCGAGUUAGUUUAAUAAAGCAGAGGGAAUCUACAUUAGGGAUAAUGUAUCGGAGUGAACUGCUUUCUUUUAUCAAAAAAUUACGGGAACCAUUGGUUUUGACUCUUAUUUUAUCACUCUUUGUGAAACUUCACAAUGUUCGGGAAGACAUCGUGAAUGAUAUUACAGCAGAACACAUUUCUAUUUGGCCAUCUUCCAUCCCCAACCUCCAGUCAGUGGACUUUGAAGCUGUGGCAAUCACAGUGAAAGAGCUAGUUCGAUAUGCCCUUAGUAUAAAUCCAAACAACCAUUCCUGGUUAAUUAUUCAGGCAGACAUUUAUUUUGCAACAAAUCAGUAUUCAGCAGCUCUUCACUAUUACCUCCAGGCAGGAGCUGUGUGUUCUGAUUUCUUUAAUAAGGCUGUGCCCCCUGAUGUUUAUACAGACCAGGUAAUAAAACGAAUGAUUAAGUGCUGUUCUUUGCUGAAUUGCCACACACAGGUGGCAAUUUUAUGUCAGUUCCUCAGAGAAAUUGACUACAAAACAGCCUUUAAAUCACUGCAGGAACAAAACAGUCAUGAUGCUAUGGACUCCUACUAUGACUACAUAUGGGAUGUUACCAUUUUGGAAUACUUGACUUAUCUUCAUCAUAAAAGAGGAGAAACAGAUAAAAGACAAAUUGCAAUUAAAGCCAUCGGCCAGACAGAAUUGAAUGCAAGCAACCCAGAAGAAGUGUUACAACUGGCAGCACAGAGAAGGAAAAAAAAGUUUCUCCAAGCAAUGGCAAAACUUUACUUUUAAGCAGCCUUUCUCUGCAUAUGGAAAGAAGAAAAAAGGCAGUGAAAUAAUUCUCAUUAUCUUCUAGAGGAAGGGAGAAAUCAGAAUUAAGAUUUGAGAUAAUUGUUGGAAUUCAUUUAUAUACACAGGCUGUUAACUACCUGUGUUUUGAAAAUGUCCUUAAUCACUGUGAAAUGAAGGAAGUAAUACAUUCUAAAUAUAGGAAACUUCAGACACAGAAAAAGAGUUUACAGAUAAAGUAAAUCCCACUUUCAUCCAUACCAUUGUCAGUAUUCAGAUGGAUUAACUUCUCUUUGAAUUGGAUCUUAAUAUUAACCUCAGUUUUGACUACUUAACACUAUGUAGUCUUUAAGAUUCAGUAAUAACUUAAAAACUGCAGCUAGAAAUAAAAUAUAAUUAUUACCUUUAAUAUAAUGAGUUCCAUCCUUAAGAUAUCCUCUUCACUGCAAGCACCAUCAGUGACAUAAGCAAACUCUUGAAGCUUAGGAGCAUAGAUUUCCUUUAGAACGAAUGGGUUUUUUAAAAUUAAUAUUAAGUACAGUUGAGAUUGAGAUUUAAAAGAAGUAUAUAUAAACUAUAUACAGGCUUCAUUUUUAAGGACAGUUUCACAAAGUGAUUACAGAUUUUAGUAAAACAAUUGCUGUAAGAGCCAAAGCAACCUUACAAAGAUAUUUUUCAUCUCUAGAUACCUAAAUUAACCAAAUAUUGAUCAAGACUUAUUUUCAUAGAAUUGGUCUUGAAUCUUAAACAGUAUUUUAGUCACUUAUUUCAGUUAAACAAAAGCCAAACUUGUUAUAAGUAUAUUGGUCAGACCAAAAAAAGACACUCAACAAGUAAGAUCUAGAAACUGAAAACACUUCCUUAGUACAUAAGAAUGUUUUAAUAAAAAAAUAAUGCAAUUUGAUGACAUGUCUGUCUUAACAGUCCGGAGAAGCAACAACUAGAAUGAUCAAAGGAAUAGAAGAGAUGCUUGCCACAGAUGAGAACAGGCUAAAGAUGAUUUUAGUGUAGAAAGAUACCUGAAACAGUAUGGUUUCAGAUAAGGAUAGACUGAAUACAAACUUACUUAACAAAUUUGGCAGAAUUUGGGGAUAGGCCUUAAAGUUCAAAAGACAAACUUGGAAGGAAAAUACACGUAAGGAAAUUAAAUGCAUGAAUCAUAGUCCUCAUCAAAAUAAUACAGGCUUGAAGAAUUUCAGGUGAAGGUUUUAAUGAUAUCCUCAAUGUGUUGUCUAAGAAAAGUAGAUGGAAAUUGUGUGAAGGAAAAUCUCAGGCAGGAAAAGAGUUGCCUUUUAUCCUGGUAACACCCUCAGACACAGAACUGUUAGGCUGGCUAUAAACCAUUAUUUCAACCCAACAGUAUUUAUUUCAUUUGAUUGGUUUUUUAUUUUUAAAGACCAUUCUGUUGAAUCCAAAUGCCAUAAUUAUGUGUAAUAGAAGCAGUGUUGGUCAUGAGCCAUUUCACCUAAACACCAAUUCCAGAAUGUAAACCAGAGUUAUAAGAGGCUCAAAUACUGCAAAGGGAACUAUGGUAUUUAUCCUUCCAUCUAAAUCAUAAUGUUAAAAAAAUGUAUUGACGAAAGAAAAAAACCUUGCCCAAGGAGUUAAUAUCAAAAGUACCAGUAUUCUCUAGGACUAAUGUGUUGAUUAAUAAAAUUUUGGGAUAAACUUUGAGAACUUACCUCAAGU